CUUUCUGAAGGGUGUGGUCGGCGGAACGUGCGUUCGGGCUCACAGCGGGAGGGGGUCUCGGGGGAAAGCAUCCAACAUGUCAGAUCAGGAGAAGUUGCUCGAGAUUUUAAAGAAGGAGCUGCGGUCUCUGCUGAUUUCUGCCAAAAGUAGUCUGACUCCUGUGGAACUAGAAAGAGAUUACCACAGCAUGAUGGGGAAGCAGCUGCCUCUGUGUGCGUUAGGCUACAGGUCUGUUCUGGAGCUUGCCUCCAGCAUACCAGACACUAUCAAAAUUCAUGCACGUGGAGAUGGCAGCAUCCUUCUAAAAGGGAUUGGGAAUGAAACCACAAAAGGAAUUGAAGAACUGGUGGCAAAAGCAAAAGUUUCUGCCAAGACCAAACGUAAUGUGAGAAAAACCCGGGCAGAACUCAUGCAGAAGCAGGCGUUUCUGCCCAGGAGGUAUAACACCACGCCAAUUCUACCAGCAUUAGUAAAGUGUGAACUCAGAGAGCUGGUGGCAUCCUUUCCUGGUGGUGUCUUGCUCUCUGAUUUUGACAAGUCAUUUAUGAAAAGGUACGGGCGGCCUUUUCAAUACACGAGGUAUGGCUUUUACUCCUUGCAGGAAGUUCUCAAAGCAGCUGGAGAUGACAUUGAGAUCCAACAGACACGCCGGGGUUCCCUGCUGUUGCCUAGAAACAAAAAUAGAGAGAGUCCACUGAAGCAAGGUAAAUGGUCAAACCAGUCUGUUCAGAGCAAUCCAGCCCAAACGCAUGCGAAAAUGGCGGUACCGAGCCCAACCAAACCACCCACAGACAAUCAGAUUGUAUCAGCUUUGAAGACAGAGGAUUUACCUGAUCCAGCUCCAGUCCCUGAGUACUUUGAUGGAGGUUUGAAAAAGCUUGUAGAAGACCUGAGGACAGUACUUGUAGAUAAAGGAGUUGAAGGCACCAUUGAUUUGCAAAUGAAGGAGAAAAUUCGAUUUACAGUAGCACAACGACCUGAUGGGUUAUUGGCAUCCAAACUCCCUACAGAAUUCAAGAAUAUUUUUGGAAUGGAACUUCCCUUAAAGGAGUUGGGCUUCUAUAGUGUGACUGAGCUUGUUGGUGCCUUGAGUGAUACCCUCUAUGUGGAGCGUGACUCCGUGAAUCAGGAUUGGCUAGUCUUUGACAUCCGACACCACAAGUUGCUUCAAAAGCAAGCUGAGCUACAACUCAACAAAAUCAAUUCAUUGCUGUCAGCAGACCAGGAAGGGGCAGUUAUUGCAGACAGUAGGGAGCCUGAAAGGAAUUUGAAUCUUAAAACAAUUAAUGUGGAAACGGUUGCAAAGGUAUCAUAUCCACCAGAAAUUGAGAUUCCACCAGAUGCCAUACAAGAUGGAAAUCUCUACAAGCUACCAGAGCUAGAGGAAAAUUCCUUUGUCUGUGUGUUUGUAGAAAGCGUGACUUCACCCAGCCAGUUUUAUAUCCGUUUCUAUGGGGAUUUCACUUCAAUGAUGCUCGAAGAUCUGAUGAUUGAGAUGAGACGUUGCUAUUCUUAUGAGGAAGUCUCUGAACGUUAUGUGAUGCCAGAUUCAUUUAUCCAACCAGGACAAGUGUGUUGUGUGCGGAACCCUGAUGAUGUGUGGUGGUAUCGUGUCAUUAUCCAUCGGGUGCUGGAUGAAAAACUAGUGGAGGUGUACUAUGUUGACUUUGGAGAUGUUUCUCCUGUGGAAAGAUCUAGACUAAGAUUCCUCAAAUGUUGUCAUUCAAAGCUUCCCGCCCAAGGGAUUCCAUCAACACUUAUGUGGCUACAACCAUCUGAGGAUGAUUGGAGCAUUGCUGCCAAAAAUCAGUUCCUGAGAUUCUGUGGAAAACAACCACUGGUGGCACUGAUUUGUGGAUAUGUUGAGGAUGUGCUGCAUUUAUUCCUUUGUGAUACUUCUACUGAUGAAGAUAUUUACAUUAAUGAUGUCCUUAAGAAAGCAGGCCAUGCCGUACCCUGUCUCUCAAACGAUGCCUCUAAGGCAUUUGAGGAGUUUAAUCCAGCUGCCUUGUAUUUGAAAUCAAAGCCAGUUUCUGUGAAGGAGAUAUCAUCAAAAGUUAAGGCAUGUCCAACAGCUCCACUUGACAGGAAACUCAAUUCCAGUACAGCAGAGGAGAGUGACAAAAAAUCAGACCUCCCAAUAUGUGGAGAUAACAAUGAAGAGGAUUUUGAAUCAAUAACCUAUGACUUGCCAUAUUUGGAGCCAUAUCCAUUUUGCACUGUUACUCCAGUUCAAGACAAUUGUAAAUCUUUGAAGAUGUCUGUAUUGGAAGUAUCUGAAGAAGUUGAAUAUAAUGAGCUCCCAGCACUAGAGGUGGUGGAGGAGGAAAAGCUACAGGAGCUGUGCUGUGAAUCAUUGAACAGCAUGGAUCAUCUGCAAAAUCCAGAGACCAAGUUAAAAACUCAGGAUGAGUUCUAUAUCUCUAUAAUUGAUACUAAGCAUUCUGCAGAGUCAGGCAAUACAGAAAUUCCAAGUGUUUAUGACAAGCCUGGUGAAAAAUUCAAACCAGAGAAUAUUCAGCCCUUUGUGAAAACAGAUACCAAAAAAGUUUGGAGCUGCACUUCUGAAAUUCUGCAAAAAGAGUCCAUUCAGGAUUCUGCCAUGCCUUUACUCAGCAGUGUCCAAGAGGAGCCAACACCAGUGUCACCCGAAUUAUCUGCGCCAGCUGGGCAGAGUAAAUUUCAUGUUCUUCUGAGCUCCCCAUCUGCAGCACUAGGCCCCUCAGCACGCAUGGCAGGAGCACUUCAUCAUUUAUCAUGGCUGUCGAUAAUGAACAAAAACCUGUAACCUUCACAGUUACAGACAGGAAAUCAGCUUGCAUUAGUUGGAACGCUACUUGACCACCAAGACUACAUUAAAAAGGAUACCUAUUUGAUGCUCCAGGCCUGCAUUUAUACACAUUGCAUGGUUUGGAGUGUUUACUUUCAAAAGACUGAACGUCAAACUGACAAAACCCACGUUUCAAAAUGCUAAAACAUUGUCUAAACAUUUCACAUGAUUGAGAAUUUUAUUUUCCUGUGCUUUCAGUUUUUCUUUACAUGCUUGUACAAAGGAAACAUUGUAUACCAUGGAUGUAAUCUCGAUCUUUGUUCUUCUUAUUUUAGGAUUUAUUUUUUCUGAAAAGUUGUUUAAG